AAAAAAGAAGUUCACGGUUUUUAACAAAAGCGGAUUGAAGUUUAUAUGCAGUGGCUUCGUGUUGAAAACUGUUUGCAAAUAUGGCCUCGUGGAAGCCAUGGAAUUUUUAAAGAUUGUUAACAGCGUUUGAUCAGAAGCAGGAAAAGAAAGAUGGGUCCAAAGAAAAAAAAAACUGGUAAAAAAAUAGGGACAAAAGAGAAAACACCUAUUGCUGAUGGAAUGGAUACUACUGAAAUGAGUAAAGAGCAGCUUGAAGACUAUGUUGCUAAACUUCGUGAAGAACUUGACAGGGAGCGUGAAGAAAGAAACUAUUUUCAGUUAGAGCGUGAUAAAGUGAAUACGUUCUGGGAGAUAACAAAACGUCAACUUGAAGAAAGAAAAAUUGAUCUAAGAAACAAAGAAAGAGAACUUGAAGAAACAGAAGAAAGGCACCAAGUAGAAAUUAAAGUUUAUAAACAAAAAGUGAAACAUUUACUGUAUGAACAUCAAAAUAAUAUAACGGAAGUAAAAGCAGAAGGGGUGGUUGCAUUAAAGUUGGCUCAAGAGGAGCACAAAACUGAUGAGCAAAAGCUUCGUGUUGAAAAACGAAAUCUUAAGGUUAAUCUUAAAGAGCAAGAACUUUCAAACGAAGAUGUUGUAAAGACACUUUUAAGAGCUAAAGAUAAAGAUGUAACAGUAUUAAGAAAUGACUAUGAAAGAAAAGCUAAAGAAAUUGAAUUGAAGUAUGAAAAAAAGAUGAUUUCACUUAGAGAUGAUCUAGAAUUGCGUCGAAAAACUGAGUUGCAUGAAGUUGAAGAACGUAAAAAUACACAAAUAAAUACACUAAUGAAAAAUCAUGAAAAAGCAUUUAGCGACAUUAAAAAUUAUUACAACGAUAUAACACUAAAUAAUCUUGCUCUCAUCAAUUCACUCAAGGAACAAGUUGAGGAUAUGCGAAGAAAAGAAGAAAGAUCAGAAAAACAUUUAAAUGAGGUUAUUGCAGAGAAUCGUUCUCUCAUUGAACCUUUGCAAAAAGCUAAAGCUGAUGUUUCAGAAUUAAAUAAACAGUUAUCCAAUUAUGAAAAAGAUAAAGCUACUUUAAUGUGUACAAAAGCACGUCUUCGAGUCAGAGAAGCAGAACUUAAGAAAUUACAAUGGGAGCAUGAAGUAUUGACACAGCGAUUUGAAAAAAUUCAAGAAGAGCGAGAUGAGCUUUACACCAAAUUUGUUAAAGCUAUUCAUGAUGUUCAGCAAAAAGGAAAUUUCAAAAACUUGUUAUUGGAGAAGAAGUUGUCAGCAUUGUCUGAUAAUUUGGAAAAAAAGGAGGCGCAGUUAAAUGAAGUGCUAUCAGCUUCAAAUUUGGAUCCAACUGCUCUCUCCAUUGUCACACGAAAACUAGAGGAUGUACUUGAUUCAAAGAACAAUGCUAUUAAAGAUCUUCAGUAUGAACUAGCAAGAGUUAGCAAGGCGCAUAACGAUUUAAUUCGCACAUAUGAAGCCAAACUUACUUCUUUUGGAGUUCCUGUAGAAGAGCUUGGGUUUAAACCAAUGCAAAACAAUGUUGGACAACGACUUGGAAAAGGAGCUGCAGGGCUUGUUUCCCAACCUACAUAGUUGUUAUUAUUUAUUAUGCAAUUUUAUUUUUUUUAUUUCUAAAUUAUGUACAAACUAGAUUAAUUUUUUAAUUGUGUAUAUUUAUAAAUUAAUAGAAGAUAAAUUGAAAAUAAAA